AUGAGAAAAGCUCAAUGUUUAACAGAGAGUUUGCUCAAUAUCAACCGCCGACUUACCGGUCUCACUCGCUCCGGCGAGAACAGAAACGCUCUCAAGCUUUUCGCCGAGGUUCACCGUUGCACAGCUCUGAGACCCGACCAAUACAGCGUCUCGUUAGCUAUUACUGCUGCUGGGCACCUCCGUGAUACCAUCUUCGGCGGCCAGGUACAUUGCUACGCGAUUCGUUCGGGGAUAUUGUCUCACUCUCACGUCUCCAAUACGCUUCUCGCGCUAUACGCGAAAACAGGGAACUUAGCUUCACUGAAGAAGAACUUCGAAGAGAUAAAGGAGCCUGAUGUUUAUUCGUGGACGACGCUUCUGAGCGCGAGUUUCAAGCUUGGGGAUAUCGAGUAUGCCUUUGAGGUGUUCGACAAAAUGCCUGAGAGAGACGAUGUUGCGGUUUGGAAUGCUAUGAUCACUGGUUGCAAAGAAAGUGGCUAUCACGGAACGAGUAUCGAGCUGUUUCGAGAAAUGCAUAAGCUUGGUGUUGGACAUGACAAGUUUGGAUUCGCUACUGUUUUGAGUAUGUGUUACUAUGGUUCUUCAGAUUUCGGUAAGCAGGUGCAUUCGCUGGUUAUAAAGGCUGGAUUUUUGGUUUCAUCAUCUGUUGUGAAUGCUUUGAUUACAAUGUAUUUCAAUUGUCAAAUGGUUGUUGACGCCCGUCUGGUGUUUGAAGAAGCUGAUGUUGAUAUUCGUGAUCAUGUCACUUUUAAUGUGGUCAUUGAUGGAUUGGCUGGUUUCAAAAGAGAAGAGGCUCUGAUUGUGUUUAGAGAAAUGAUAGAAGCUGGUCUUAGACCGACUGAUCUGACCUUUGUUAGCGUUAUGAGCUCGUGUUCAUGUGCUGCUAUGGGACGCCAAGUACAUGGACUCGCCAUCAAAACAGGGUAUGAAGAAUAUACUCUGGUUAGCAAUUCAGCUUUGUCAAUGUACUCUUCUCUUGAGGAUUUCGAUGCAGCUCGAAAGGUUUUUGAGUCAUUGGAAGAGAAAGAUUUGGUUACUUGGAAUACAAUGAUCUCUGGUUAUAACCAAGCGAGACUAGGCGAGUCUGCGAUGUCUGUAUACAAGCGAAUGCAUAGAACAGGAGUUAAACCGGACGAGUUUACUUACGGAAGUCUUUUAGCAAGCUCUCUUGAUUUAGAUGCUCUUGAGAUGGUUCAAGCGUGUGUGAUCAAAAUCGGACUUCUUAGCUCAAAGGUCGAAAUUUCCAACGCGUUGAUCUCUGCUUACUCUAAGCACGGAGAGAUUGCGAAAGCGGAGCUAAUAUUCGAAACAUCUUCAAAGAAGAAUCUAAUCUCAUGGAAUGCGAUCAUCUCAGGGCUUUACCAUAACGGCUUUCCCUUUGAAGGUUUGGCAAAAUUCUCCACCUUGCUUGAAACAGAGGUCUUAAUCUUGCCUGAUGCUUAUACUCUCAGCAUUCUUCUGAGCAUUUGCGUAAACACUUCGUCUUUGAUGCUCGGGAAGCAGACUCACGGUUACGUCCUUAGACAUGGUCAAUUCAAGGAGACGUUGAUAGGUAAUGCUCUUGUAAACAUGUACUCUCAAUGCGGGACUCUAGAGAAGUCUCUUGAAGUGUUCAGUCAGAUGAUUGAAAAGGAUGUUGUUUCGUGGAACUCUCUGAUCUCUGCGUACGCGAGACACGGGGAAGGAGAGAGCGCGGUUAUGACAUACAAGAAGAUGCAAGAAGAAGGAAGAGUUGAUCCUGAUGCAGCCACGUUCACAGCGGUUCUCUCUGCUUGCAGCCACGCCGGUUUAGUGGAAGAGGGACUCGAGAUUUUUAACUCAAUGGUGGAACCAAAUGUGGAUCAUUUCUCGUGCUUGGUUGAUCUUCUUGGUCGAGCUGGUCGGCUCGAUGAAGCGGAAGGAUUGGUGAAGAUGAGCGAGAAGAGCGUCGGGUAUCGUGUGGAUGUGUGGUGGGCUUUGUUUAGUGCUUGUGCUGCUUAUGGGGAUUUGAGGUUGGGGAAGAUGGUUGCUGAGUUGUUAAUGGAGCGUGAGAAGAAUGAUCCUUCGCUUUUUGUUCAGCUGUCGAAUAUUUACGCAGGUGCUGGUUUGUGGAAAGAAGCACAAGAGACGAGAGAAGCCAUGAGCAUGAUUGGAGCUGUGAAGCAACGAGGUUGCAGCUGGAUGAGAUUUUGA